CUCUCCCCCAUCCCCCUCUCCCCACCCAGCGGCCACAUGAGGGUGGCUAGCGUACAGGCCCUCCUGGAGGCCUCCUUCAUCCACUCAGGGCUCAAGUUUACUGAGGCUCCCUCCUGUUUGCCUCUGCUCAUGCCCAGGUUUGGGAAGGACUUCAAGAUGUUUGAUGCCAUCCUGCCCUCUCUCACCCUGGACAUCACAGACCUGCUGGAUGAGUCUCUGCGGCAGUGUAGUAUCUGCCAGUCUCUGGCUCAUUGGGAGUGUGUGCAAUGCUACGAGGAUCAGGACAUCACACCCGGACGCCUCAAACAGUUCUGCCAUACCUGUAACACACAGGUGCACACCCAUAAGAAGCGCAUUUCACACCAGCCGGAGCGAGUCAGGACGCCGCAGUGCCCGUGGGCGGAGACAUGGGAGGGGCUUAACGGCAACAGCAGUAGCAGCAGGGAAUGGGAGGGGCCACUGGGGGGAAGCCGUCAGCGACUGGAGCUGUUCGCCGUCACCUGCAUUGAGACGAGCCACUACGUCAGCUUCGUACGCUACGGGCCACAGCCCACCGACUGGCUCUUCUUCGACAGCAUGGCGGACCGAGAAGGUGGGGAGAACGGUUUCAACGUGCCUCAGGUGCGAGCGUGCCCAGAGGUGGGUCGCUACCUCAGCCUAUCAGAAGAGGAGGUGAGGCGUCUUGACCCCGCCUCCCUGAAGGACACUGUCCGAAGACUCCUCUGUGACUCCUACAUGUGCCUUUACCACUGUCCUGAGAUCAGCCUCUACAAGUGAUGCAUUCAAUACACACAGACACAGACACAGACAAUGUGCCAUUACCACGGUCCUGAGAUCAGCCAUACAAACACACACACACACACACAAUCGGGUGCCUUUACCACUGUUCUAAGAUCAGCCUUUACUUGUGAUGUAUUCAACACACAUACACACACACCACACAAACACGCACAACCAAGAUGACCAUUCCAAAUUAUACAUUCAUCAACCACAGACACACACACACACACACACACCUGUGCCUUUAUCGCUGUCAAGAGAUGUCUUCAUGUUAUUCAUUCAAAACAUGUGCCUUUAUUGUUGUGCAGAGAUCAACCUUUACAGGUGAUGCAUUCAACACACACACAGCAGUUAUGGUCUGCCUUAAUGUUUGCCACAGGGAACAAACGAUAAAUGUUGGUUACUGGGGAAUGGCCAGUUCCAGUAUUGCAGUACAAGUCUUCUUUUUGAAAAUUACAUUAUUAAUAUAUGAUAUACAUUAUUAAUAUAUGAUAUACCGUACAACUCUUCUUUUUGCACAUUACAUUAUGAAUACAUGGUAUACAGUACAAGAGAAAUAAGAUAUGUGUCAGUUAGUUACAUGUACAGUAGUUACAUCACAAUAUCCCAACCUUGUUCUUUUUUGUAUUUAUUUUUUUUUUAUAAAGGAAAGAAUGAUUUUGUAGUUCUGUACAUUUGUUUAAUUUUCAACGUGGUGUAAAAAAACGAAAUAUAAUGUGACAUUGUGCACUGUUGAAUGUUAUAAAAGGCAAGGGAAUGAUUAAAGAUAGCACUUUUUCUACUGUGUAUAAACAUGAUUUGUGUACAUUCCCUCUUGUGAGAACAUAAAAACUAUGUGGUUAUUUCCAAUGUUUGUGUGGUUUGGUUAGCAUCUAUUCUGACACAUCAUUAUGACGCCAUUGUUAGGUUGUUGGGCGUCUCAUAAUAGCUGCAAGGAGAAGACUAAGGUUUCCCAAUAAACAAAGACAGCUAGGCACAAUGUAAAGACUUCAGACACACAAUAAAAUAACAUGGAGCAUAAAUGCAUAAAUAACGUGACAAAAUAACAUGAAGCAUAAAUGCACAAAAAGUAAGAAACUAGGAAGAAAAUGCAUAACUCAAUGCCAGCCAUUUCUGAAUUAUCCAACUGAGCAGCUUCAGCAAUUUGGGCGUUUUUCAAGACCCACAGAAACUUGAAUUUUGUGCCCAUGUCAGCUCCACACUAUAAAAACUGAAUUAACUCGCUUAAGCAUCACUUGAGCAUCAAUGGUAG